AUGGCUGAAGUCUUUCUGUACAGGUUGGACCAUGUUCUUGGGAUCACAGGUAAAAAUAAUCAGGAGAGAAUCCAAACUGUGAGUUAUAAAUUAUCUAGGAAAUGCGUGGCGUUAGCGUUGGCUACAGCAAAUGGGAAUUUAAUUUUACGCUUUGAAGAAAAUGCUAAAACCAACACUAGGAUCUUACCAUGGCUUAGAAAUCCUCAAUAUGCUAUAAGGGCGAUGACGUUCAGUCCAGAUGGUAAAUGGUUGGUUUGUGUGUGUAUAAACUCGGUACUAUUCAUCGUACCUGCUUUAACCUUAGUGAAGCCUAAAAGUCUCUCCGGUCAUCCUUUAUGGUCAAUUUACGAUCUAACAGAAAUCACAGAUACUGAAAUCAGCGGAAAUGCAACAUGUGUGGUCUGGUGGUAUUCCAUGGAUAAUAAGCACCUGGCUAUUGUUGGAUGCGAGGAUGGUGAGGUUGUCUUUAUCGAUCUAGUACUAAGACGUAAAGUAACAGGAUUCAAACUUGAUAAUACUACAAUUAAGUCAAUGGAUAUUGUUCGAGAUUUUUCCGAAACUGCCAGCUAUCUAUUAAUACACACUGUUGAUUACUCUCUGAGAAUGAUGCUAGAAUUAAUCGAAAAGCGCUUCGAUUUAAAUUCGUUGAAAAGUAUGCUUCAUUUAGACGAGUUACAAUAUCGUGCACUCCUUUCGGAAAUCAAGGACUUCAACUACGAUAGCAUCAUUCAAUCUUUUCAAAUGCCUCGUGAGGAUAUAAUACAGAUAUUUAUCAAGGAAGAAGCUAUCCCUUUUGCUUAUACAGCAGGUUUUCAAUCGGAAAAUGUAGCUUUACCGACGUGCGUAAUAGUAACAUCCUGUGGAAUUUACGAAUGCAGGCAACGUUUACAUGCUGAAGAUAUUUUGCUAGAGUUAAUCCUUUCAUCAGCUUAUAAAGACUAUCAAAGAGCUGAAAAAUUCGGAUUUGCCUUGCAUCUAGAUAUCGACAGGAUUUAUCAAGCGAUAAUGAAGGGCUUUUAUACUUUUAUAAAGAUAGCAGCUGAAGAGAAAUUAGAAUCUAAGUGUUAUACACAAUGCCAGAAAUUACUCAAGCGUUCUAGGGCUGAACCCGUAAAUGUUGUUCGAGCGUUCUAUCGACGAGAUCGAAUUAGCGAUUCCGUUAUAUAUUUGAAACAGGUUUCAGCAAAUCUGAAGGAUCGAGGUACCAGAAGUGUAAUCAAAAUCUCAAAUACUACAGCUUUCUGUUAUAUAAUGCAGUUACUAAUUCAAGCUGCAAAUGGUAAAAGUGGUCACGCGCUAAGGGAAUCUUUCAGCCAAUUUUUAAAGAGAAACGAGAGCUUUACUACCGAAUUUGUAUUAAAAAAAUUAAUUCUGACUGGUUUGACUGACUUCAUUUUCGAAGUAGCGAAGACUCGUGGCGAAAUUGUUUUUGUGAUGGGAUCUAUAGUUGACCGGGGACAUAUGCAUAUAAAUAUAGCAGCUCAAGACUUCCUCUUUACUAAUCACUUAAUAACAGACGUCUGCCGAAUAUGCAACGGGGCUCUGCUUCGGAGUAUGUCAAUGGGUAGCUUUAUCAAAUUUCUAUUAUCAGAGGAGGAUCUAUUUCCCCGAUACUUUGAAUAUGUCAGAUUUCUACUACCAACAUUAGAUCCUGCCAUACUGACAUUUUUAGCUCAACAAUUAGAUCCUCUUUCUACCUCUCUUAAAUGCUGGCAAGAUGAAGUUGCUGUUAUAAGGCAAUGUUUAAGUGUAAAAGCAUUAAUUAAAUCUUAA